GUAAUUAUAAAGGUUCAAUCCUUGUCGCGACCCGUCCAAAAUAAUGCUUGCACGCCCUGACAAUCAACAACAACUGUGGACACAAAUCGUAUUGAAGAUAGUAGCUAGUAUUGUACUGCAGCAAGUAGAUAGACGGCUAUAAUGUACAGUGCUGGUCGUCCGCAAUCGAUUGGUCUCGCACCAGCUGUACUAUUGGCUGUCUUGGCGACAGUAUCCUGGAACCUUCUGGUCCUGACCACUCUAUCACCCGAUGAUGUUUCUCCUUUGGUCUUGGCCAAAUGGGCCACGGUCCAGUGGACGCCUUCUUUUCUAAAUAAUGCAUUUGCGAAACAAUGGCAGCAAGAGGCAUGGGACCAUUGGGACCAAGUCUUUCGAGCCAAACUGAAGGAACGAAAUCUGGUAGGAAAGGAAACACUGCUCUCCAUUCCCACGGUCAACGUGCAAGACUUUGGAGGCAAUUACUCUGCUCUUUUGCAGCAUUUGGAAUCUACAGAGGGACCACGAUGGAGGGAAAAGCCACUCCUCUUGCGACACUUGUGGACUGAAGAGCAACUCUUUCACGACGAGAACAGACGACUCUCGCAACGAGGACUGCUCCGAGAAAACUUGACCAUUCCCUACUUUAUCGAUUCGCGAAACGAUGCCGCACUCGCACCCAAUGGAAAAGCCAGGAUCAAGGACAUUGUCGCCAACAUUUCACACCACGGUGCUCCCCACAAAAUUGGAUCUCAAUUGCUGGUUGCGGAAUAUCCAGAAAUCAUACAGGAAGUCGCACCCACUCAGCUGGUCACUACUCUGUUUGGAGAUCGAUUUCAGCCUGACCAUGUCCGACAAGGGGCCUUUGGAAUACCAUUCUUGCCAUCCAUCACCACGGUACCCAUAUUUGUCGCCGCAGUCAACAAUCACAAAACCACCAAACAAGCCUUUACUACCUUGCAUUGUGAACCGGUCGGCAGUGUAGCAGUCCAACUAGAAGGGGCCAAGCAAUGGACUCUGGUAUCACCCGAAUACUCCUUUCUACUACAUCCAUUCAUUGGACCCGAUGGACGGUCCUAUUUCGUGUCGGGAUAUGCAUCACCCCAAGAAUUGGAACAUGUCCCUCGUUAUCAGGUCACGACGUACGCUGGAGAUGCCCUUUGGGUACCCACAUGGACGUGGCAUCGGGUCGAUUAUACUAGUACUAGUAGUGCCACCUCCGAGUCGGAUGCAGGCGGCCAACAAGUGGCCAUUGCCGCAUCCCUCUUUCAUUUGAGACCGCCAGACUUUGUAGCCCACAAUCCACUCUUUGCAUUUCUCAUGGUGCCCAGUCUCAUCAAGGAAAUACUCAAAAUUAAUUCGCAAUAAUAGAUAGUUUAGUAAUUUGAUCAAUUCAGAUACAUAAUAAUACCGCUUGUUAGGCUGGGUGUGUGACUGACUACAAGACAAGGGAAUGGUAGCUUCUGCUACCUAGCUAGCCAGUCCAACUAUUAUAUAGCCUCACAAGCGAGCUUCUGGGUGGUGAGAUGAGCGGCUAUGUGUAGUCUCUGGAAUAUUUACUUAUGGCGGUU